GCCCCUUCCCGAAAGGCAAAGACGGCGGUAGCCUUUGACCUGGGGGGCGGGGCUGCGCGUGCGCCGCGGGCUCGGCGGGGGACGAUGGCGGAUGACAAGGAUUCUCUGCCCAAGCUUAAGGACCUCACAUUCCUCAAGAACCAGCUGGAGCGCCUACAGCAGCGUGUGGAGGAUGAAGUCAGCAAUGGCGUAGGUCAGGACAGCUCAGUCUUCUCUUCCCCGUUCAUCAAGGGGUUCCUGGCAGGGUAUGUGGUGGCCAAGCUGAGGGCAUCGGCAGUGUUGGGCUUCGCGGUGGGCACUUGCACUGGCAUCUAUGCAGCUCAGGCAUAUGCUGUACCCAACGUGGAGAACACACUGAAGAACUACUUUAGGUCGCUGCGAAAGGGGCCUGACUAGACACUUCAGGGAGGGCAGGAUGAGCGAGUCGCAGGCUCUCUGUCUGGCUUCCCCUGCUACAGUGCAUUUGCUGUCUCCGCCCAUACUGUCUCUUUCAUCCUCGCUUUUCUUCCUGCAGAGAAUGGACAGGGAUUUGUCAGCCUGCACCCUGCAUUCCUUCCCUCCCUAGGGACUAACCUAAAACUGGCUCACGGGCGCUCCUCAAGCCCCAACUGUGGGAUGUGACUCUGAGUCUAUGUAUUCUCUGGUGAUGUACCACA